AUGGCUAUUGUUUCUCUAGAGAGGGAUGACAAUGGCCAAUCCAGGUUUCCCGGCUGCUCUAAUAUCCGUGACUUCGAAUUUAUCGGCAAACUCGGCGAGGGAACCUUUGGCGAGGUCUACAAAGCAAGAUCCAAGAAGGAUAACACCGUCGUGGCCCUCAAGAAGAUCCUCAUGCACCAUGAGAAGGAAGGAGUAGGAGAGGGCCGAAAAAAGGCCAGCAUGCAUAUGGUUUUCCCAUACAUGGAGCAUGACCUAUCUGGACUCCUGGAGAAUCCAGCAGUCCAGUUUACAGAACCACAGAUCAAGUGCUAUUUGAUGCAGCUCCUAGAAGGGCUUCGAUAUUUGCAUGCAAGCUGCAUCCUUCACCGUGAUAUGAAAGCUGCCAAUCUUCUCAUUAGCAAUGGGGGAAUUUUACAAAUUGCCGACUUUGGUCUGGCAAGACCUUUUGACGAAGCCCCUCCACAACCAGGAAAGGGCGGAGGAGAGGCCAAAAGAGAGUAUACAGCCUUGGUUGUCACACGGUGGUACAGACCACCUGAAUUACUUCUCCAGCUCCGGCGGUACACAUCCGCCAUUGACAUGUGGGGAGUUGGAUGCGUCUUUGGCGAAAUGUUCAAAGGAAAGCCCAUUCUUUCCGGCAGCAGUGAUCUCAACCAAGCUCAAUUGAUCUUUAGCUUGGUUGGGACACCAACCGAGGAGAACAUGCCUGGAUGGAGUAAUCUACCAGGGUGUGAUGGAGUGAAGAGCUUUGGUUACAAACGCGGAAACCUCUCUGAAGUCUUCAAAGAACAAAAUCCUGCUGCUGUCUCACUAUUGACCGAGCUCCUCAAACUCGACUGGCGAAAGCGUAUCAACGCUAUAGAUGCUUUGAAACAUCCAUACUUCACCACACCGCCACUGCCAGCAAAGCCUGGCGAGAUCCCUCAUUUCCAAGAUUCACACGAACUCGAUCGAAAGAAGUUUCGAAACCAACAAGUACCCAUGCCCCCAGCUCCAGCGAUGGGGUCAGCGAAUCCCGCAUCUAAUGGAGGUUGGUCCGGACCUCGGCCAGACUCCCGAAAUAGUCGGAUCCCAGCCGGCGCCCGUGGCGGUCGCCCCAACGUAUCAGGCGGACCCGGCAACCACCGACGCGGGCCGUUCCCUCCUGGGCAAAGAGACAACGGGCUCCCUCCGCGGCCUCCUGUGGGAAGCACUCAUCCUCAAUGGGACGGCUCGCAAGCCGGCCGAGGCGACGGACGAGACGAUCCGCGACGGGACCGGUUCAAUCAGAAUCGCCCUGGGCAACGUUUUCCUCAAGGCAAUCAUGACUCUUACGUCCCAGGCUACGGCAAUUCGCAUGAUCGAGGGCGCGAGCAGGGUGACUACCACGCACAAUCUAAUCAAGACUGGCGCGGGCCCAAUCGGCGUGACUAUCGCCGCGAACCGCCCCAGCAUCAGCAGCAACGAUUCCGAAGCCGCAGCCCUAGCUUCAGAGACUCUAGCAGAGGCUGA